CGCUCGUCUCCGCUGCGGCCGCGCCGCCUGCAGCAGCACUAGCUGCUCCUCCCCGGCGGCCGCCCCCCGCGGGUCCCUCCCUGGCUGCGGGAGAGACGGCGGUAGAGGGAGGACGCGGAGCCGCGACGCCGGCACCGGAGACCUUCGCCUCGGCCCGCUGGCUCCUCGCUCUCCAGGAGGAACAUGGCAGAUAAUCUCAGUGAUACCUUAAAGAAGCUGAAGAUAACAGCUGCUGACAGGACUGAAGAUAGUUUAGAAGGAUGCUUGGAUUGUCUGCUUCAAGCCUUGGCUCAAAAUAAUACAGAAACAAGUGAAAAAAUACAAGGAAGUGGAAUUCUUCAACUGUUUGCAAGUCUGUUGACUCCACAGUCCUCCUGUACAGCCAAAGUAGCUAACAUCAUAGCAGAAGUAGCCAAAAAUGAAUUUAUGCGAAUUCCAUGUGUGGAUGCUGGAUUGAUUUCACCACUGGUGCAGCUGCUAAAUAGCAAAGACCAAGAAGUGCUGCUUCAAACGGGCAGGGCUCUAGGAAACAUAUGUUAUGAUAGCCAUGAGGGCAGAAGUGCAGUUGACCAAGCAGGUGGUGCACAGAUUGUAAUUGACCAUUUAAGGUCACUGUGCAGUAUAACAGAUCCCGCCAAUGAGAAGCUCUUGACUGUCUUUUGUGGCAUGCUGAUGAACUAUAGCAAUGAGAAUGAUUCUCUUCAAGCUCAGCUUAUCAAUAUGGGUGUUAUUCCUACCUUAGUGAAAUUAUUGGGCAUCCACUGCCAAAAUGGAGCUCUUACAGAAAUGUGUCUUGUUGCAUUUGGAAAUUUAGCAGAACUUGAGUCAAGCAAAGAACAGUUUGCCAGUACUAGCAUUGCUGAAGAACUGGUAAAACUCUUCAAGAAACAAAUAGAACAUGAUAAGAGAGAAAUGAUUUUUGAAGUUCUUGCUCCAUUGGCAGAAAAUGAUGCCAUUAAACUACAGCUGGUUGAAGCAGGCCUGGUAGAGUGUCUACUAGAGAUUGUCCAGCAGAAGGUGGAUAGUGACAAAGAGGAUGAUGUCGCUGAACUCAAAACCGGUUCAGACCUAAUGGUUUUGUUACUUCUUGGAGAUGAAUCCAUGCAGAAAUUAUUUGAAGGAGGAAAAGGCAGUGUAUUUCAAAGGGUGCUUUCUUGGAUUCCAUCAAAUAACCACCAGCUUCAGCUUGCUGGAGCAUUGGCAAUUGCAAAUUUUGCCAGAAAUGAUGGAAAUUGUAUUCAUAUGGUGGACAAUGGAAUUGUAGAAAAACUUAUGGACUUACUGGACAGACAUGUAGAAGACGGAAAUGUAACUGUACAGCAUGCAGCACUGAGUGCCCUCAGAAACCUGGCCAUUCCAGUUAUAAAUAAAGCCAAGAUGUUAACAGCUGGAGUCACAGAGGCAGUUUUGAAAUUUCUUAAAUCUGAAAUGCCCCCAGUUCAGUUCAAACUUCUGGGAACAUUAAGAAUGUUAAUAGAUGCACAAGCAGAAGCUGCUGAACAACUGGGAAAGAAUGUUAAAUUGGUGAAGCGUUUGGUGGAAUGGUGUGAAGCCAAAGAUCAUGCUGGAGUGAUGGGAGAGUCCAACAGGCUGCUCUCUGCCCUCAUACGACACAGUAAAUCAAAAGAUGUAAUUAAAACCAUCAUACAGAGUGGUGGCAUCAAGCAUCUAGUUACCAUGGCAACGAGUGAGCAUGUAAUAAUGCAGAAUGAAGCCCUUGUUGCUUUGGCAUUAAUAGCAGCUUUAGAAUUGGGCACUGCUGAGAAAGAUUUAGAAAGUGCUAAACUUGUACAGAUUUUACACAGACUGCUAGCAGAUGAGAGAAGUGCUCCUGAAAUCAAAUAUAAUUCCAUGGUCCUGAUCUGUGCUCUCAUGGGAUCUGAAUCUCUACACAAGGAAGUGCAGGAUUUGGCCUUUCUAGAUGUUGUAUCCAAACUUCGCAGUCAUGAGAACAAAAGUGUUUCCCAACAGGCCUCUCUCACAGAGCAGAGACUUACUGUGGAAAGCUGAGAACUGCCCCUCCCUGAUACCCAGCAUUGCCCAGCUCCGAUUUCCCCUCUGUCCUCCAUCCAGCUGCCUCUUCUGCUUCAUCCUCUACCAUAUCACUCGUGCAUGCAUGUAAUGUUCCAAUGCCAGUUGAAGAACUGCUGUAGGUACCCUACCUAAUAAGAUUUCUAAACCCAUGGUUAAUGUGAACAUGACUUUGUCAAAAACAAGUCUCCACCCAUAACUGUUCUCUUGUACUCCUGUUGCUUGAACUACAUUAAGUAGAAUGUGCAUGUUGUAGUCCUAUGAUGACGUAAACUUGGUACUACAUAAUGACUUGCUCCUCACACACAGUAAACUACAUAACAAUGUACUGGUAAAUUAGAAACAAAGAAUGCAGCAGGAUCUGUCUAGCUUAUUAAAGACAACUGAAUCGUAAAAGUAACUCCAUUUUUUGGUGCUUGGGAAGCACAGUGACCAAAAAAGCUGUAUGGCUGCUCAUUCAUUGGUCUUACCGACUCAUGUCAAACCCAUGGUACCUAGAGUUAAAUAAAAUUCCAAUGCUAUCAUUCUUUACCCUAUGGUUUCUCCUUUUUCCUAACUCUGUAGACUAUUGAAACUGCCACAGACUGGCAAGACUUUCUGAGGUUUCUCAUUCCAUAUUUAAUUGACUGUCAUCAAUAGCCUGGUGUUGAAUACAUUUGUAGUUAUCAGUGUAAAACUAAAGGGUUGAAGAAUCCCUAUUACAAGCAUUUUGGUUUUUGUAUAUAUUCUAGAUUCUGAUACAUGUUCAAUUUUGCCUCAGAACUUCUUCCAUCAGUUAAUCAGCAUUGUUCAGCACUUGUCUUUAAAAGUCAUUUGGCAUUUGCUUUCAACUGAGGAAACUUGAUAUAGCUCACUGGAGGAAGAAUUUUUUUUUUUUUUUUGGUCGUUUUUCAUUGUUCAGCUAGAAAAUGAGAAGUUUCAUAUUUCAUAGUCCUUUUAAACCUUAUAUUAGAACUAGCAGAACAUAGGAGGAAAGAUAAAGAAAUAAGCUUGUCUAGACUAAAGAAAGGAAGGCCGGUGAUACAAGCCAUAGUGGCCAGUCCAGUGCAUUCUGCAGAUGACCUCACACCCCUUGCUGUUAGCAUCCCACCUCCACUUCCCACCGAGAACUGCAGCAAUCAUAAAGGCCUGGGAAGGCCAAGACUCAGGAGAUAAGAAGACCCCUCCUUGGCAAAAUACAGUGUACUCUUCACUGCCACUGCCACCACCAAAUGGGUUUUUAGAGCUUUAAAACACGAUCUUUGUAAAUGAAUCAUCACAUCCUUGUGACCCACCUGCCUUCCCCCUAUACUCAAAUCUGAUCACUACUGGCCUAAAGGCAGGAUGGGCUCUGAUUCGGAGGACUGUGGGACAGUAGGUUCACCAUGGAGGUGACAGGAGCCUCCUCCCUUUCCAGUGUGAGAUGCCACACAUCUCUAUGGUCAGUAUCAGUUGGACUUUAGACCCUAAAACAGCUAUAAUUCAAGAAAGUUAAAAUCCUAAUGGAGGAAAAGAAUCGGGACUGGUUGCUCCCUUUGAUGUUCAAAUAAGGAACUGUUGUGAGUGCUUACACUACUUACUGUAAGAAUGUAAGAAUGAUCUUGUUUAUUAUUUUCUCCUGGGCUGGACAGUGGACUAUAUUUUAUUAUAGGUUUUGAAAGACAUCUGUAAUGUUGCAUAACAGACUGUUCAUAUUAAUAACAAUAAAUAAAUAGUAUAUCAAGCUA